AUGGCUUGGCGUGGCUCCAUCACCAGAUCGCUCAUGUCCACCGCUAGGACUUCCUUGUCCCGCUCCUCGCCGCCACUCUCCGCCCCUCGCCGACUGCGGCCUCCUUCCCCUUCCUCUCGCCUCAAUUCGCCCCGUUUCUCGUUCUCCAAUCCGAGGACAUUAGGUGAGCUUGGGUGCACUCAAUCGCUAAUGCCACUGCAUAAUAUAGUGACGGGAGCAAGGCUGACAUCACACUUGGCUGUCAACGUGCGGGCUUUCUGUGAGCUGUCCCAUGGUACCUUCCGCCGUUCUUGUCAGGAUCGCUAG